AUGGCGACCCUCAUUGACGAGUACGCGCGUGAGGCCGGGGUGCGCAACCUGAAGAAGCACCUCGAGAAGAUGUACCGCAAGGCCGCACUCAAGCUGGUGCAGGCGGGCGCGACGCGCACCGAGGCGGGCGCGGCGGCGGCGGCGGCCAGCGGCAGUGCAGAGGGCUCGCAGCAGGAGCAGGGGCAGCAGCAGAGAUCGGAAGAGGGCGCGGCGUUGACGACCGGGGAUGCGGGCGAGGCGGCGUCAUCCAGACGCGACAGCAGCGACGAGGAGGCGGGCAGCAGCAGCAGCAGCGGCAGCAGUAGCAGCAGAGGCGGCGACGCCGAUUCUGCCCCAAGCAGCAGCGCCCCGAGCGAACCCAGCAGCAGCCCCGGCAGCAGCGGAGAAAGCAGCACCAGCAGCAGCAGCAGCGGGGACAGCAGCCCCAGCAGCAGCAGUAGCAGCAGCAGCAGCAGUAGCAGCAAGGACGCCGCCGCCGGCGGGCCUGAGGUGGUGUACACCGGUGACCCCGUCAUCAUCGACGCCCCUGCCCUCAAGGAUUACGUCGGCCUGCCGCCCUUUGCCCAGGACCGCUUCUAUGACACCACGCCAGAGGGGGUGGUGAUGGGGCUGGCGUGGACGGCCAUGGGGGGGGCCACGCUGUACGUUGAGGCCGCAAAGGUGUCAUCGGGCGACGGCAAGGGCUCGCUGGUCACCACCGGCCAGCUCGGGGACGUCAUGCGCGAGUCCGCCACCAUCGCCCACACCUACGCGCGCGCGUUCCUCGGAUCCGUCGACCCCGGGUCGCGCUUCUUCUCGGACACCGCGCUGCACGUCCACGUGCCGCAGGGCGCCACGCCCAAGGACGGCCCCAGCGCGGGCUGCACCAUCAUCACGGCCCUGCUGUCCCUUGCCCUCAACAAGCCGGCGUCGUUCUGA